AGUUAAACAAAUUUUGUCGGCAAAAGCGGUUGACUACGAUACUCGAAGUUGUUUAUUUUGAUCAGACAUCUUUCCAACAGAAAAGAAGAUCAACAUGUGCAAGUGCCUAGCCGGAAACGUAGCCUGCUGCUGCUUCAACUGUGCGCUUAGUGUGCUUAUUUCAGUGAUCAGUACAUUUUUGGUGGUCAUCAUUGUGGUCGGCUUGGCCGUCUACUUUAUUUACUACUACGAGAAGGAGGACGAUGUUACCAAGUACACAAACAAAGUAACCGAUAACAUCCAGUCAGGAUUCGACAAAAUCAAAGAUGCCUUGAGCAAAUAAAAUAAGAUAAGUUCGCAUUCAAAAAUGUUCCAUGCUUUGCAUAAUUCCAUUAAUCCAGAUUAAUUGCCACCAAUUUACACAAACAAACACCGCCGGAGCCUUUUAGAGGAGUAUAAUUGUUAAACGUUUUCAGUAACAGUACAAAUAAAUAUUACACCCCCUCUAAUCA